CCUCAUGUCGGUCCUGCUGACGCUGUGUGUCGUACUCCUGCCCCUGGCGACCCCAGGCCAAGGCGCCCGGCGAUGGGAGCCCUGCACAGACCUGCGCCCCCUGGACAUCCUGGCAGAGGCGGUCCCUCCAGAUGGCGCCGCGAGCGGAAUCAGCGUGACGCGGGUUCAAGGUGCACUGGGACUCCAGCUCUCGGCCGCCGCCCCCCACGCCGUCAGCUUCCCUGCGUCCAGGAUUUUCGUCAGAUGCGACCUGUUUCCUGAAGAAUUUUCCAUCGUCGUAACCUUGAAACCUCCCAGUCUUCCCCCUAAGAAGAACGAGUACCUGUUCUCGGUGGUGGCGGAGGGGCCGGACGCACUGCUGCUGGGCCUGCGCUACUCGCCCACCCGCCUGCACUUCCUCUUCCUCCGCGAGGACGCCGCGGGCGCCUGGCAGACACGCGUGUCCUUCCGCAGCCCGGCCCUGAUGGACAGCCAGUGGCACACGCUGGUCUUGGCCGUGUCUGAAGACUCUUUUUCCCUCACCAUGGACUGCGGCGUCCCCAUGGACAUCACUGCUGACGUGCCUUUCCCGGCCACCCUGUCCAUGCAAGGAGCCCGGUUCUUCAUCGGCAGCCGGAGGAGGACCAAAGGCCUGUUCACGGGCCUGGUGAGGCAGCUGGUCCUGCUGCCCGGCUCGGAUGCCACUGCACAGCUGUGCCCCUGCAGGAAUGCCGACAUCGUGCUGUCCAUCCCCCCUGUCCUGCAGGGCCUCACGGGGAGGCCAGCAGACAAUGAGGUGCUGAAAUACCCCUAUGAAACCAACAUGAAGGUGACGCUGGGACCCCAACCUCCGUGCACCAAAGUGGAGGAUGCCCACUUCUGGUUUGACGCUGGCCGGAAGGGGCUGUACCUGUGCGUGGGCAGCGAGUGGGUCUCUGUGUUGGCAGCCAAAGAGAAACUGGACUACGUGGAAGAGUACCAGAGCCUGCACACCAACUCGGAGACGCUGGGCCUCGAGGUCUUCGUCAUCCCCGAGGCUGGGCUCUUCUUGGCCACAGCCAAUCGGAAAACCACGUCCGCCGUCUACAAGUGGAUGGACGGGAAGUUCUCCUCGUACCAGAACAUCCCCACGCAGCAAGCACAGUCCUGGAGGCACUUCACCAUCGGGAGAAAGGUCUUCCUGGCUGUGGCUAACUUUGACCCGAAUGAAAAGGGUCAGGAGUUCUCCGUCAUUUACAAAUGGAGCCAGAGAAAGCUGCGGUUCACACCCUACCAGAGGGUUCCCACCCACAGCGCCCGGGACUGGGAGGCCUUUGAGGUGGCUGGGGAGCACUUCCUGGCCGUGGCCAACCACCGGGAAGGUGACAACCACAACAUCGACAGCGUCAUCUACAAGUGGAACCCGAGCACACGGCUGUUCGAGCCCAACCAGACCAUCGCCACGUGCGGCGCCUACGACUGGGAGUUCUUCACCGUGGGGCCCUACUCGUUCCUGGUGGUGGCCAACGCCUUCAACGGCACGUCCACGAAGGUGCAGUCCCACCUGUACGUGUGGCUGCUCGGCUCCUUCCAGCUCUUCCAGUCCUUCCUGACGUUCGGUGCCGCGGACUGGGAAGUUUUCCGCAUCGGAGACAGGAUUUUCCUCGCGGUCGCCAACAGUCACAGCUACGACGUGGAAAUGCAAGUGCAAAACGACUCCUAUGUCAUCAACUCUGUCAUCUACGAGCUGAAUGUCAGCGCACAGAUGUUUGUCAAGUUCCAGGAGAUCACCACCUGCAGUGCUCUGGACUGGGAGUUUUUCUCAGUGGGAGAAGAUUACUUCCUGGUGGUGGCCAACUCCUUCGAUGGAAAUACCUUCUUGGUAAACAGUAUUAUUUACAGGUGGCAGGGGUACGAAGGCUUCGUGGCUGUGCACAGCCUCCCAACCUUCGGCUGCAGGGACUGGGAAGCCUUCCGCACCGCGGCCGGCUCCUACCUCGUCUACUCCAGCGCCAAGGAACCCCUCUCCCGGGUGCUGAGGCUCAGGACGGGCUGACAGGCCCUGGGUCCCCAGGGACACCACCUGCCGGCUCUACCCAGAAUGCCGCCCAAGAAGCCCCGGAACCUCUGGAGGGACAAGCUGGGGCAGCUUGGCUUCCAGAGCCGUCCUUGGCCCUUGUCCAGUAGGGGACGUCACCUCUCUGCCCUGAUGGCCAUUGUAGCUGGACACAGCGGCUCAUGGGCGUUAGGGCAGAGCCCAGAGCUGCCCUGUAGGGAAUUUGCUUUAAAGGAAAAGUUCAUACAAUUGUUUACCUCAAAGGCUGCGGGGCGUCGAGGCCUGGCCAGUGCGCCCGUCCAAGCCCAGGUGGGGAGCAGGCCUGAUGCGUUCGGCAUAUCUCGUUCCAUCUAUUUAUUAUGCUCUGUCUGUAC